AUGGCAUGGCGUUACAACGCUUCCGCAGGCAAUAGCGUCUUUGGUCUUUCCUCGACAAGCCCCUUUGCAACAGCGAAUAUGGACACAGGUGGCGGUGCCAAUCUCCAUGGCCCCGGCAGCACGGGAUUGGCUGUUGAAAGUGGUGCAAUGUUCGGUGGAACCGCAGCCAAUAUUUUUGGUGCCGGAGCUUUUUUGCGCAAUAACGCUGUCUCUGCCUUUGCGACGCCGGAGCGAGAGAGUGGAAAAGAAAAUGAGGAGCAGGAAAGCGAAAAUGAGGCACUAGCCGUUGAACGUGAGCCGGGACCGUCAAAGUGGGAAGGAAACGGCAGUGGGGAAGCGGCCGACACUUUCCCCGUCUUUGGUCGCAGCCAAGCCCCAACGCAAUCACUAGCAGGUGCGUUAAUGAACAAUUUGGUGCGGAAAUGUGAUAUUUUGCCGGCAGCCGGUGCACCCGACGCGGGUGGUGUUCAGGCAGGUAAAAGCAGAGACGUGCAAGGAAGGGGGUUAACAGAGCUCCUUUCGAGGAAACUGUUUCAACAGACGAUGGCUGCGAGGGAGGAUGACUCUGACAAUGGUGGUGAUGAGGAAGACUAUGAUGAGGCCGGGAGUGGGGAUGCGAGUCACGUAGAUAGGGAGUUUGUUCGCAGUGCGAAUUCACUCUUUUCACAGGUGGAGCCUGAGCUUCUCUCGGACACCUUCGUUCCCUUUGAGCAUGUUAUUCAGAUCAUUGCCAACGAAGAUGGCACUGAAGCUGCCGCGGGCGAGAUCGAAGAGCGCUUGGCGGCGUAUUACGAGCUUCAAGAGGUUUUAGACGACAUGAUGGGUCGCUACAUUGAGUCUCACCAUGACGAGUUUAACGAGGCUGUUGCGGGCUUCUCAGAGAUGGUGUUGGCUAUCUCUGGCAGUGAUGAGAUGUUAGCUCGGCUUAAGCAACAGCUGGCGAUGGCGGCUGCCUCCUUUGACAAUCUCGCGGAACAGCUGCAGGUGUUGCGUAUGCGUGCCGCAAAAGCACUGCUGAUGAAGGAAUCGUUGAAAGGGCUGGAGGCCUCACUUUCUUGCGAGUCUGAGGUGAAACAGCUCAUUGCCACGCACCAUUACUUGGCGGCGGUGCAGCGUUUACGGCAGCACAAGGCACAGCUUGGAAUGCCUGAGGUUGCCAACAUCCGCGCGACCCAAGUGCUGCGCGAUUAUGUGGAUAGAACGUUAGACACGAUGCAUGAGAUUGUUGUUGAAGAUUUAAUGAGUUGUGUAUUUCGCCAGGGGCGCAUGUAUGAGGCAGACGCGCAGCUGGUGGGUCAGAUGUUAGUAGACGGUGCGUCGGAAUCAACGGUUCCAACCAUCGAUGAUCUUGCGACGCUCCACGAGCAACUUCUGCACACCGGUUCCCAGACAAGUAAAACCACCUUGACAUUCUCGGAUGUUGUCAACAACAUCCACGACGACCCCUACGACGAGGAGAUUAUAAAGAAUUACCUGCGCUUUAUCCCACUCUGUGUAAAGGCGAUGCAGGAGCUUGGAAAACUGCAUUACUGCUAUGAGGCUUUUUUCUCGCGAGCAACGCGUAGUAUUGAGCGGUCUAUUGCCGACUUUUUUUGCCUCUAUGGGGCAUGGAGGCAACGUGCGGUGCGGUCGAUGAGUGUCGCGGGAAGCUUAGAUGCCGCCACGGUGCGGGUGACGAAGCUGCAAGCAAAAGGGCUUGCAUCGCCUACCAUUUCCUACGACGAGGCCAUAGCCCUCAUUCAACGGUCAGAGCUGAGUGCAAUGUUUAAUGUCCUUUUUGUGGAAAUCGAAAAGAUUGUGCGUAACGCGGAGUAUCUUAUUAAAGUGGUUCUUGUUUCAUAUUUUCCGUUUCUUUCCUCGUUUUUGAUGCGACCAGGUGGUUUUUCCCCCGACACAACCUACCGCGACUGGGAUGUCAUGCAAACUCCGUUGACGAACCCGGAGGAGAUGCGGGAAAUACUCACGACAGCGCUGUCAAAGACACUUGCCAAGUAUGCUGCGCAGGAAGGUGAUGAGGGGCAUAAUGCAGAGAUGCUGGCGCUCAGACGGUUAAUAGUGAAGUUGGAUGUGGAUGAGACUUUUUCCCGCCUUGCAACGUUGACAGGAGGACGUGUUUGUUUGUGCAGCGUGCUGGAUGUCGUUUCUGAGGCAGUUGAGGCAGUCAUUUGGGAAUUUCCUGAUGCUGGCGAGGAGAAAGUGACGGCGUACCAUAGAGAGCUGAGUGGCUUGAUCUCCUCCAUGGUACUGCAGGCCUUUCGCCGUGACGUUAAAGAAAUGUAUUCCCAGUGGGAUUUGCGGGUACUGUCAUCGCAGCUUAGCUACUACAUAGAACUGAUCUUCCGCCUGCUCUGCGACGCAAAGGAGUUGGAGGAGGAUUUUGGGGACGAGAUUGCUCUCAAACCAUUUUUAAAGCAUCGGAAUCUCGCCGGUCGCGUGCACCGGACAGCUGGAUUGAUGAGCGGCGCCGCCGUGGACACUUUCCCUUCGCUUGAGAAGCUGCUCUCUGCUCAAGAUUCUUCUGGCCUGCUUGCAGUGAUGGAACAGACUGGGCAUGUGUCAUUUAGUCUUGUGGUGGCGGUCAAGUACGCCCAGCGAGAGUUCAAGCGUGCCAAAGAGGGACAACUGAAGCAGCCGAGGGGGGGCUCCGUGCCACCUGUAAGCGUAUCUGCUGCUGGCGUAAGAAGCGGUAGCGCACUGCUUCUUCAACAGGCCACAACUUUAGCGAACUGGUUUGUGUUGACCCCAAUGAAUAUAUUCACCUGCUACGAGUCUGUCCGUCGGUUUUACCAGCGUUGCGCUGUGCGUGCCCCGCGCUUUGUGAGUGAGUCUCGUGAGGAAAUGGAAAAGUCCCUCCAUCACUUUUUGCAGAAGACCUGCAUCCCCAACUUGUACCUCUUUCAUGUUCAGCAGCUGAGGCGACUUUUUGAGGAUAUGUCGGAGUCGGAGAGUUUUGCAGAUGCGACCGUUGCCGGUGGGAUCGAUGCGAGCAAACCGUCAAUUAGUCCAAAAAUGCCGUCUAACGCGGCCACAGAGCCGCUUAUGCAUCAACAGAAGGCUCAACAGGAGGGAAUCAAAUGGCCCAUUGUCACACCUCGCCAGGAGGGUGAGAGUGGGUAUCCAAUUCUUACGUGUGUCCAUUACGUUGGCCAGGUGCUGCAGAAGAUUGCCCGCACCUGCCGAACGCUGCCUAGCAAACUCGCCGAUGUCGUUCAACAGAAUAUUACAGAGACGUUAUUGUCCGAGCUUACCAUGUUUCUUAGAAAGAAAUUUCAUCUCAUCUCGCACCGCACCUUGUACCACUAUUUGCUCCACACGGAGUUUGAGGAGGCGUUUUCUGGGCGUCCCGGUGCACGCUGGAGGGCACUGUGUGAUGAAACGCGCCUAUUGGAUGCUCACAAUGCUGUUGACGUGGAUUUAUUCAGGUACUACGCAUACAACAACGAGCGACGCACCAGUGGACAUAAGUACAGUCAUGUCGCACAUGAUUUUGCAAGAGGAGAGAUGUUAUUCACGUCAAAAGACGUUGGUGAGAGUGGCGUUGACGCAAACAUUGGCGGCAUUCCUCCCUCAGAGCUUGCACUGAAGGGAAAUGGUGUGGUUGUGGCCCUUGCCAUACUCUGUUACUCCAUGGAGUGGCUGUGCGAGGUUGCUCUUCAGACGGUUUGGCAGGAUGGGUUGCAUAACGGCUCCAGUGCCGAUUGCCUGGUCCCAGGGGAGAUAUUUUUUAAGCGCUACGAACGGUGGUCAAGCUCCUUGGCCGCAACUAUAACCAGCGAUGGGACGCGCUGGAUGCGCCUCGCUGGUAUUUUACGGCAGAUGUACACCAUCUCACAGGUCUGCCUUUUCUAUUUAUCGCUUGAGGCGCGUUUUGUGGCGUUUCAGUACAUCCCACAGCUCCGCGACGAGUCGUACAAUAUUGUGGCAACUGCCCGCUCCCCGGACACGUUUGUGCAGGCAUACAAUCGACGUAUCAUUAACUUUUUUGCCCUUUUAAAGUUGCACUUGUCGGAGCAGAAGCUGAAGUACGUGGGCAUCACCGUCGCCAAGCCACUGAGCGACCUGAUCAUGGUGGAGCUUGCCCACCUCCGCGACAAGGCCAUCUCCCCCGCCGGGUUGACACGGUUGCGGGCCAAUCUUCUUUCCAUCGAGACGGCGCUGCAAUUGGUGCUUCCCACCGACGAUGAGGUGCGUGAGGCGGUGAAGCAUCAUUUUUCGCGUCCAGCCACGUUUCUGCGUCACCUGCCAAACAAGAACGUGGUCAGCGACCUCAUUACCAGCGGGGACUACAAACAGCUCUCGACGCAGGAGACAGAGGAGCUUAUUCGACUUGUGUUCCGCAAGGAGGCCAGUGAUGAGCUUGUGGCGGCGCAAAUACGGCUGCUGCACACAAAGCUUAAGAGUGUGGCCUCUGUUCCCACCUUGCCGGAACCGGCGACAUUGGCGUCGUCGGCACCUGCAGACCCACUCCAGGCUGGAAACGAAGCCCAACCACACGACAAGACUGAGAGCGGCGGUGAGGAAACACUGGCCGAGGAGGAGGAGGAAGAAGAAGAAGAAGAGGAGGAGGAAGAGAUAGAGGAAGAGGAAGAAGAAGAAGAAGAAGAAGUAGAUAUGGAUGAGGUGUUAAAGGCGGUGGAGCGAAGACCGUCGCGUUACGUGGCUCGCACGAGAACGAAGCCUGCAUCGUAG